AUGCCCCAAAAGAAAGCAAACAGUCAGGAAAUAGAAGUAGAAUUGACUAAAUACCAAUUAAUUAAUAAAAGUAAAGAAUUGCCUUUUGAAAUCAAGGACGAAGUUAAUAUUAAUGAAAAUACUCGUUAUCGUUAUCGCUAUCUGGACUUACGUCGACCAGUCA